UAAGAUUCAAAGAAUCCUUAGUGAAGCAUAUUCGCAUACUAAUGGCAUCAAUUUUUGUCAAUGAUGUUAAACAACACAACACCAAUAGGAUCCUCUUCUCAUGUCUCAACUUUAUGUUUAUAUCACAUCUUCUCAUAACUUAUGGACAUAAUGAAAAUUGCAAUGUAAGUGUCAUACUCACCAAAAUCAAAUUUACUAGUUGUUUUUUUCACUAAUAGGAAAAUAUAUUCAACAUAUAUCAAAAUAUUAAGUAUAGCUUAGUUUCAAACUUUUCUAAAGGGUUUCAAAAUAAGGUCUGCGACCGCAAUCUGGACCGCAGCAUCAAUGUUUUUGAUGUUUCCGCAACCACAAUUUGGACUACAACAUCAAUGUUUUUGAUGUUUCCAUGACCGUGAUUGAGGUCAUAUCAACUGCACUUGACGAAAAUUCUUCGUAGUAUCAGGGAUCACGACUCAAACUGCGACUAAAAAACCAAAAAUUCCUUGGUUCCUCAAUAAGUCCAAACUUGAUCUUUUGAUAUCUCUCUCUUUCUCUCCCUCAAUUAUGUCUUGGAAAAUGCUUGUUAAUCUAAUUCUAAUUGCAAUUAUGAUCCUCCUAAACCCUCUUCUUUGCCUAACCGAAACAAAUCAUCAAUGCUCCCAUUCAUCUUGUGGCAAUAUAGAAAACAUAACCUACCCUUUUCGUCUAAAAGGCGAUCCCGAAAACUGUGGAGAUCCAAAUUAUGAACUUUCAUGUGAGAACAAUCAAACAAUACUAAAUCUAUACAAUGGAAAAUACAUUGUAGAAUCCAUCAACUACAAUAAUUCCACAAUAAGAGUAACAGAUUCAGGUCUCAACAAAGAAAAUUGCUCUUCAACACCUCUCUACACUUUAACAAAUGAAAAUUUCACAACUGAAAAACCAUAUAGCUUGUUAAAUGAUAAUAACUUAGAAACCAUAGCAUUUAUAAACUGUGCAGCUUCAAUUAAUUCUCCUCUUUACAUUGAUACUUCAUCUUGUAUCAAAGGAUUAAUCAACUCUUCCAAUUAUGCUGUGUUUGGUGAGUUGAAGUUAUCUGAAUUGGAAGAUUCAUGCAGCAUACUAGUGAUGGUUAUGAUGAUGAAUUCAAAUUUGAACAAAGGUGACAAUAAAUUUUCAUAUAUGAAUAUUCAUCAGCAACUUGUUUAUGGAUUAGAGCUUUCUUGGCAUGAGAUAUUCUGCAAAGAGUGUCAAGGUAGAGGGUACUGUAAGUUGAACAAUAACAAUGAAGUCAUUGGUUGUUCAAGAACUAGACCUUGUAGUGAUGACUAUACAUCCUCUUUUAAAUGUGCUUUAAGAGCGGUUACCGAUACAAUCCAUGACUUGGUUGAAGGUCCUAACAAACUUGGAGCUAUCAUUGGACUAAUUCUUCUAAUAAGAAUCAUAGGAGGAGUACUGUUUAUUCCUAUGUAUAUGAUAUAUAAAUGGAGAAGGAGGCAUUUAUCUGCAUAUGAUUCAGUUGAAGAGUUUCUUAAAACUCACAACAAUCUCAUGCCAAUAAGAUACUCUUACUCAGACAUUAAAAAAAUGACAAAAGGAUUCAAGGAUAAACUUGGUGAAGGUGGUUAUGGUUCUGUUUACAAAGGACAACUUCGCAACGGUGAUCUCGUAGCAAUCAAGAUGCUAGGUGGAAAAUCAAGAGCAAAUGGACAAGAAUUCAUCAAUGAAGUUGCUACAAUUGGAACAAUCCAUCAUGUUAAUGUUGUUCGCCUUAUUGGAUUUUGUGUUGAGAAAACAAAAAGAGCACUUGUUUAUGAGUUCAUGCCUAAUGGUUCACUAGACAAACAUAUUUUCUCUAGAGAAAGAAUGAAUAUUCCUUUGAGUUGUGAAAAAAUGUUUGAUAUAGCUCUUGGUGUAGCGCGCGGUAUUGAAUAUCUACAUAGAGGAUGUGACAUGAGGAUUUUGCAUUUUGACAUUAAGCCUCAUAAUAUUCUUCUUGAUGUGAAUUUCAGUCCAAAGGUUUCGGAUUUUGGACUAGCAAAGUUAUAUCCAAUUGAUAAUAGCAUUGUGUCGCUUACUGCUGCAAGAGGAACGAUGGGAUACAUGGCGCCGGAAUUGUUCUAUAAGAACAUUGGAGGAGUAUCUUACAAAGCUGAUGUUUAUAGUUUUGGAAUGUUGUUAAUGGAAAUGGCAAGUAGGAGAAGGAACAUGAAUGAGGGUGAAGAUCAUAAGAGUCAAGCUUAUUUCCCUUCUUGGGUUUAUGAUCAAUUUAGCGAAGGGAAAGAGAUAGAAAUGGGGAAUGGUACGGAGGAGGAAGAGAAGAUAUUGAAGAAGAUGAUAAUAGUUGCAUUGUGGUGUAUACAGAUGAAACCAAGUGAUCGUCCUUCGAUGAACAAAGUGGUUGAGUUACUUGAAGGAGAUGUUGAGUCAUUGGAAAUGCCUCCUAAGCCAUUUCAAACUCCAAAAGGAAUGCCUGUACAAGGCAUUGGACAAUUCAGAAAUCUACCUUGGUUACUACCUGGAGAUUCUACAAAUUCACUUACCAUCGUUGUAAAUCGACAUUAAGCUAUUUACAGCAUGUUUGGAACUGAAGGAGAGGUGAUUUAAGGCUUAGCUUCCAACCAAACAUGCAGUGACACUGUAGUUUAUUUUUUCAAACACAUGUUUAGUAGUGCUAAAUUUUUUAUUUGUAUGCCUUGUAUUGACAGAUGAUUACAGAGGCAUUAUUUUAGGAUGAAAUGGGUUGUAAUUAGUGUGCUAGUUGACUGAUAUCAAUACCACAUAAUUGCUGCUGCAUGUUCUCCAUUAGAGAGACCAACCGGACAACUUUGAAUAUCUCGUAGUUCUCUCAUGUGGUUCAAGUUUCCAAUCAUGUGGUUAGAACAACCUGCAUCAAUUAUCGAUGUAUUUGAUCAUACUCACCUGUCAUCUUGUCAUUAUAGUUUGUUUUCUGAGAAUUUAGUAAUCCUACCAGCGUUUGCAAUUGUUCUGCAGUAAUCCCAGCCUAGCCUGAACCAUCUCCUUGAGAAACCCCAGUUUCUGAACUUGUCCCCCCUGUGUGUAAUGCAUUUGCACGCACAAUUCCUCCUCUUCCUCGUCCGGUUCCCCAUCGCUGUAUUGACUUGCCUAGUUGCCCCGUCCACCAUAUUUCCAUUCAGUUUUUGGUCUAUGCUCAGAAAAGGGUGAGAAUGAUUGUUGAGUAUACCCCAUUUGUAUGAACUGUUCUCACCCUUUCUUCUUGAAUCAUUGUUGAGUAUACCCUUGGGCAAUGGAUCUGUUGCGAGGAGAUUGGAUUCAACAGUUCCGUAAAUUGUGUCAUCCAAUCCCAUGAGGAACUGAUGAACUCUUCCUCUCGUCGUUUUUGUAAUCCGCAUGUCUUUAGGGAGACACAAGCACCUGAAAGCGCAACAGUUGAAAAGUGUGGAGCACAGGCUUGAUGCGUGUGAUCCACUUUUCUGAUAACAACUACAUUUUAUUUUCUUGUGUAGCAAGUAAUACUCUUUAUAAGCCUUUUAAGACUCCUAGUUCAAACAUUAGCAGAAGGACAAGAAAAAUGAGGCGUUAUAGCCUUAUAGGCUCCACCUUUACCUUUCAUGUCACAACCGACAACAACCGUGUUAUCUAAACCACCCUCGUUUCUGAGCUGAAACAAUCCUAAUUCUUUUCUUGUGGUUUCCAUUAAAAACAACAAAUCAGGAUUCUUAAGAUAGAUCAACUUCUUAAGAGCUCUAACUAGAAAAAUGAGAGCUACAUGACAGAUAUACAUAUUGGAAAUAUUAUCAGGUUCCAUAUUCCUUUGGGAAAUAUAUGUUUUGUUUGCAUAUUGCACAUGCAAUAAUUACAUUUUAUUAACUAAAGUGACUAAUUCAUAUUUCAUAUUUUACAAAUAAAGCCAAAUGUACACUGAUAUAUAUAUUAGGCCAUAAGACAAAAAAAAAAAA